GCACGACGUGCUACGCGUUGAGUCUGAGUGACGCAGCCCCAUCUGAUUAGGCAGUGUAAUGCAUUUUUGGGAACAAAUAUUUAUCUUUUAAGCGCCCCUGAUGCUGUAGUUGACAAUUCAUUUGGUUGUAUGUGAGAUUGAAAGUGCAGUUUUCUUUUUAAAAGGGAUCAAGGACACGUUCACCUGCUCUAAAAGAUGGCUUCGUCUGAUGGAAACAAAAACACGAACACGGAACCAUGGGGUGGUUUUGAUGACAACAUUAUCCAGGGCACUGGGUCAGCAGUGAUUGACAUGGAAAACAUGGAUGACACAUCAGGCUCCAGCUUUGAGGACAUGGGGGAGAUGCACCAGCGCAUGAAGGAGGAGGAGGAGGUGGCAGAGGAGGCUGAAGCAACUGAAGAGGAGACUGGAGAGGAUGGCGAGUUUCUGGGAAUAAAGGGUAUCAAGGGCCAGCUGGGGAGACAGGUGGCAGAUGAGGUGUGGCAAGCAGGAAAGCGGCAGGCUUCCAAGGCUUUCAACCUAUAUGCCAACAUAGACAUUCUCCGGCCGUACUUUGAUGUGGAGCCUAUGCAAGUUAGGAACAGGUUGAUUGAAUCAAUGAUACCCAUCCGUAUGAUCAAUUUUCCACAGAAGAUUGCUGGGGAGCUGUAUGGGCCCAUGAUGCUGGUGUUCACGCUGGUGGCCAUCCUCCUGCACGGAAUGAAGACAUCAGGAACAGUUAUUAGAGAGGGUACUCUGAUGGGAACAGCCAUAGGGACAUGCUUUGGUUACUGGCUGGGAGUUUCCUCCUUCAUCUAUUUCCUGGCGUACCUAUGCAAUGCCCAGAUCACCAUGCUCCAGAUGCUGUCUCUGCUGGGUUAUGGUCUUUUCGGGCACUGCGUGGUUCUCUUCGUCACCUACAACGUCCACUUCCACUCCCUGUUCUACAUCCUGUGGCUGGUCGUAGGAGGGCUCUCCACACUGCGGAUGGUGGCUGCUGUUAUCUCUCGGACUGUGGGCCAGACCCCACGCCUCAUCCUCUGUGGAACACUGGCUGCUCUGCAUAUGCUCUUCCUGCUCUACCUGCACUUCGCUUAUCACAAGAUUGUUGAAGGUAUCCUGGACACAUUGGAAGGACCCAACAUGCCCCCCAUCCAGAGAGUGGCCAGAGAUUUGCCUGUGGUGGCCACUGCUGCUAUGAAUGCUGUGAAUGCCACAGUGAAGACCCUUGGUGUUAUCCUGCAGUCACAGUGAUGUUGUGUCCAACAUCAACGAUGAGACCAUAGGCUCAUGAGAACCUGAUUUCCAUGGUGGUGGUGUUGUGUAGAUAAUACAGACUGAUGUGAAGGUCAAAGACCAUGGUGGUUACUGGUUAUAGUUGACAUUCAUCAUGAUACAUGAACAUUGUCUCGGCAAACAAAUCAUCAUCUGUUCACAACAACUAUUGGUUGUUUAUAUUGAACCAAAUCAAAAAACUAGUGAAUGUCAUGUUUGUUCUCUUCAAAUGAUUGACUCCCUUUUUCAUAGGGAUCUUGUAUUUGUUAAAGCAGCUUGAGUGCAUUAAGAUUCCCAGCUGUUUGCAUUUGUUCUCAUGUUUAGACAAAUUAAUAUUCAAUUCAACUCGACACUCUCCUUUUUGUAGGCUUUGUUACACAGGUUAUGGUGAUUCUAUAAAAUUCUAGACGUUCAACGGGAGGACGGUUCCCUAAGGCUGUGUGGUGCCUUCUAUAGUUUCUUCAAAGGAAUUAUUAUUAUUAUUAUCAUGUAUGAUACGGGGUAAAUUUAGAGUUUUAUCUAGCUUGUUUUACACAAUGCACCUCUCUUGUCUGAUAACCUAAUGGGAAAAUAACCAGAUAUGCAGUUGAUAUGUCACGAGAUACUGCAUUAACUUAUGAAUAUUGUUCCUUCUAAUCAGCUUUUGUUUCACCCAGUCAUUUGUGCUGUGCAUUAUUUGUACUUCCUAACAUUUGGGUGGGAUGCAAGGUAACCUCUCCUCCUUUUUAUUUAAAUGUGAAAUUGUAUUUAUAGGGUUAUUGUACAAAACGAUACAAUGGAAAUAAACUUUACGGACCUAAGACAUGGUCUUCUGAAAAAAAAUCAAGAA